GUGCUCGUCGGCUGGAUGGAGAUGCGCAAGUUCAGUUGCAUGAGGACGACUAGAAACCGAAACGCAUGCGCGUGGAUCCCCCUCAGCAUUCGCGAGCAAGAUGGCGCUCUGGCAGGCAGCACCGCGGACAGCACCGGCAGCGACCGCCCCUCCUCUUCCUCCUCUCCGGCACCACCGAACCCCGAGCUCGAUCGCCCCCAUCCCCUGAAGACCCCCCAACACACACACGCACAGGCCAGGGAAUGUCCUUCUCUCCGGAACCUUCCUGACUCCUUUGAGCUCGCCAGGCUCGGCUGGGAAAGGAUGAAGACGAGGAUGAGGAAAGAGUGAAGAUGAGUAUGAGGAUGGGGAUGAAGAUGCUGACGGCGCUGACGUGCGCCGCCCUCUGCACCCGCACCGCCGCCAUCGGGGCAGGCGCCGCCGUGUCAGGGGAUCGGCCGUCGGCUUGGUCGUGGGCGUCGUCGGCGUGGGCGUCGGCCUGGGGCGCGGCGGCCCUCCUCUUCCUCCUGCUGGCCUGCCUGUGCUGCAAGAAGGGCGGCAGGGCGCCGUUCAAGGAGUUGCGUAACGUUCCCGAUGGCGAGGCGUACCACGCGUCCACGCCGGCCUCGCCCGCCUCGCGGGCCGGCCCGGACGUCUACGUCCUGCCCCUCGCCGGGAGAGAGGCGCCGGCGGCGCACCGCCAGAAAGGGGCCGACCUGAGCCGCCAGAGUCUUCUCUACCUGAAAGAGAUCGGGAACGGAUGGUUCGGGAAGGUUCUUCUGGGGGAGGUGAGUGAGAACCUGAGAACCAAUCAGGUGGUGGUCAAGGAGCUGAAGGCCAGCGCCGGUGUCAAGGAACAAAUGCACUUCCUGGAGGAAGUUCAACCGUACCGGGCGCUGCAGCAUUCGGCUCUGCUGCAGUGUCUGGCCCAGUGCACCGACGUCACGCCCUUCCUGCUGGUCAUGGAGUUUUGUCCGCUGGGCGACGUGAAGGCUUACCUGAGGAGCAGCGAUCGCGCGGACGGCGUCGCCGUGCCCGAGCCGCUAACCCUCCAGAGGAUGGCCUGCGACAUCGCCUCAGGACUCACGCACCUGCACACCCACAACUUCACUCACAGCGACCUGGCUUUGAGGAACUGCCUGCUGACUGCCGACGUCACCGUGAAGAUUGGCGACUACGGAUUGUCCCACACCAAGUACAAGGACGACUACCUGGUCACGAAUGACCAGACGUACGUGCCGCUUCGCUGGAUCGCUCCUGAGCUGGUGGACGACUUGCGCGGAAACCUGCUGGUGGCCAAGCAGACCCAACAGAGCAACAUCUGGUCUCUGGGAGUGAGCAUCUGGGAGUUGCUGGAGCUGGGAAAGCAACCCUACAGCCAUUACUCUGACCAGCAAGUUCUGUCCUACGCUGUGAGGGCGCAGCAGCUCCGACUGGCCAAGCCCACGCUCCAAGUGCCUCUGGCCGAACGCUGGUACGAGGUGAUGCAGUUCUGCUGGCUCCCGCCUGAUCAGAGGCCCAAUGCCGAGGAAGUGCACUUGCUGUUGAGCUAUCUGUGCGCUAAGGGGGCCAGCGAGGCCGAGGAGGACUUCGAGAGGCGCUGGAACUCCAUGCGUCCCGGUGCCGGACACAACAUCCGUCGCGGCCCCCCACCGACGACUCGCCUGCAACCCUCGUCCGCCUCGUCGUCUUUCCCUCUCCUCCAGCAGUUCUCACCUGCCGACGGGUACCGCUCCGAGUCCGGGGAUGACGUUUUGACCAUCACUGAGACGAGCCACGGCCUGAACUUUGAGUACAGGUGGGAGCAGGCCGGGGCGGAAGAGUCCCACAGAGGCCCAGACUCCUCAAGUGCCCUCAGUCAUGUCAACCGUCAUGAAGCGUUUUAUCCUCCAGCGGGCAUUGUGGGAGGCUGCCCCUUGGAGAGCCUGAACCAUGCCGCUUCUCCCUCUUACUACCAGCCGAAACAUCUACAUGCUCCAGGUGUACUUCCUGUCUUCAGUGCCCAUAGCCCAUCAGUCAACACUGAGUUCUACAUCCGCAUCGAAGAACCAGUGGACUGUAACAUUGAGCCCGACUACACGCUUUGCUCUUACAGCCCAGACUACCAGAGCAGUGGGAGCGCCGACUGGGGCGACCGUAUGGUCUGUCCGUCACAGGCUAAGGACUGCGAAGCCUACUGGUCAGCAGAUAUCCACAACGUUGACGUCUAUGACUCCAAUGACUCAAGUCCUGCCAUCUCCCUAACAAUGGAGCCCCUCUUAGGACAGGUGUGUGACAACAGUCCCCUACGACCCUGGGAGUCCAGUCACUAUGUGUCCUACAAAGACCGAGAUGGAGGUUACUAUUACGAGCACUCCCCGCCUGUGGACUUAGACCACUAUCUAAUGGGAGGUGAGCCGGACAGUGAGCAUCUGCAAGAAAGCUGGGGGUCAAGGAGCCUUCGGCAGGCAUUGGGCGAGCUGGAGAACCCGGUGGGAAUACCCCCUUGUGUUAACAGUCCAUCUGAACAGGUCUACAGAGACUCAUACCUGGACCUGGACACAAGUCACUCCUCCAUCAUCGGUCAGACUGUGACCGGAGGCUACUACGACACGAUGGGCUCCCUGAGGGAGACCGUGCCGAGUCACAGCAGGCACGGCUCGGUCAGCAUUAACAUGGAGACCGGGAGGGCGCUCUUCAUGGGGCACAGGGAGAGCGAUUCAGGGGAGGAUGAAGAGGAGGACAUAUUCAUGGAGAGGCGCACGUGCAACACUUGGCCUUCAAAACAUUGCCACGGAAGCGUCGGCAAUCGAAGACGAGCGAGUCAGAGUUGCAGACAAGAAGCCUAUGUGGACUUUCACUACACCGUGCCAAGUACAGACAUUGAAGACACCUGGCCGGAGGAGCUCGGCACGCAAUACCACAGCCUGCCCAAGGGUGUCGGCUACCUGGAAGCCCGCCAGGCUAAAAACAACAGCAGCUGUCUGAGUCGACACCCCGCCGUAGUGUCCCCGGACCGCCACGAUGCUUCGGUGUAUUUGUGCCACCGGUGCGACACCCACGUGGCGCCGCCAAGAGAGUACUGCCACUCGCACUUCGUCGAUCCGCUCACUGGCUUGCUGGUGAGUAACAACUACAGCUACAACCGCAACAAAGUCACGGACAUCCCAAACAGUGACGAGGUGAUCGAUCUCUCGCCAGCACCAGGAGGUCCAGUUGUGUCCAAACCUGCCUCAAUCAAGCCCGACGGCGGCAGAGAGCAAUACGUGGAUCUUAGAGCAGAUGAAGUGAUGAAGCAGGACAUCAUCAAAGAACAUCCUCUCAUGACCGAGUCCAACGUGGAAGAGAUGGUCCAGAGUCCUCCGCCGCCCGCAGACAACUUGCACGUGAUGGCGGUCCUCAAGGAUCUGCAGUCAGAGACGAGUCAAGCAGGAGAUAGCGGUCACGACCAAGGCGGCUCCAGCGUUAGCCUCGCAGACAUCCUCGACUGCGGCGACAACGAAAACGAUGACAUCGCCGAUGACAUCGCUGAUAUCGCUUCAGGAAUCUUUGCAGACGAGUCCGGUGAACUGAGCGCUUCUCCUUCCUUCAAGUCGCUCCAGAAGCAGGUAGGAAUUCCGGAUUCCACCGAGUCCACAGAGCUACCGUCUGUUGCCGGGUCCUGUUCCCCCAAAGCCAUGGACAGUGGCUAUGACACGGAAAAUAACGAGAGUCCCGAGUUUGUCCCAAAAGAACCUCAUGAAGCCAAAGACCAAGCUGUGCCUCUGGCAGCCGUUCACACGAGGCUGGAGGAGGACCUUGGUGUCGUUGCCCAGGAGGAGGACUUGUCGUUAAAGUCAUGCCAACACACCUUCUCACCACUGAGCCAAGAGACACCAUACAGGGACUCGGCUUACUUCUCCGACUACGAGAACGAACGCCAGGUGAGGAACGAGAAGGAGGAAGUGCAUCGGCCAGAAGAGGGUUGUGAGAAUGAAGAUGAAGAAGCCCUGGAAGCCACUGUGAUGAUUCCAGCGAGGGAACAUGGAGAACAUUGUUUGCCAGAACUAAGUGGAGCAUACGAAACAGAAGACUGUGAUCAUGAUGACUUGCUGAAUGGUUCAACGGCAGAAGGGAGCCUGGAUGAGUGGCCUUCUCAGGAGGAGAGCUCGUCUCUUGAAGACUGGGCAGCAGAGGUGGUGGGAGCCAUGGAGAAGGCUCUCGACGCCCUGAAUGGAGAACAUAGGUCCACCGGCAUGUCAACGGAGAAAGAAAGAGAAGAGGGGCCAGUUAAGAACAAGCCAUCAGGGCCGGAGGUGUUGCACAUCUUACCCAAGGAUGAGGUCGCCUUGCAGCAGGCAGUUCGUUCCAGAAGGUCAUCUUUGUCUUCUCCUCCGCCUCAGCCAGCUCCGGCAGAAGGUUCUCCUCUGGACGGGGAGGAGGCGGACAAAGAGGACGGCGACUCGGACGACAGCGACGCGUCGGACGACGAGCCGCGGCCCUUCGGCGUCCAGGAGGAGGAAAGCGAGGAUGAGUGCCACCCGGUGCCCAUCGUGGUGAGUGACGACAGCCACGCCCGCACCCUGCGAGGCCUCCUCAAGGCACCCACCAUGCUGAAGAUACAGGAGGAACUGGAACGCAAGAAGAGGAACGUGUCCUUCUUCGAUGACGUCACCGUCUAUCUCUUCGAUCAGGAGAGUCCCACCGAGGAGCUGACUGCACACGGACUCCCUUUGGCCGUAGAAGGUCCGGGCAGCAAAUCUCCCGAGAGGGUCAGCGCGUCUGACGACUCCUCAGACGGAAACAUCUCCGAAGAGAGUGCAGGCUUCGAGUGGGAAGACGACUUCCCUCUGCUCCCGCUACCGACAUCCUCGGCCGGCGAGCCUCAGGGGACCGAGUCGGCCGCCCGGUUCUCCCGCUUCACCGUGUCGCCCUCCGGCGCGUCCCGGUUCUCCAUCACGCACGUCUCCGACUCGGACACGGACUCUGCGGGAGGAAGCAGCGAGGAUGGAGAUAAAGAGUGACGGACGGACGCUUACGAACAAAGUGGGAAUAUUCUUCCUACUGCAGGCGCAAAGGAGGGAAACUCCACUUGAUGAAAAACAAGACCGGUACUCUCGAAGCGUCCCAUUUCGACUUUUUAGAGGUUUGAGACCGAAGAUUACAAGGUCACGUACAUUUCAGAGACGAACGAGCUGAAGACGGACAUUUAAAGAUCGAUGUAUUCUGUGCAUGCACGAAAACGAGGACGGUUCUACGGCGACCAAAAGACGGACGCGUUUGCUUAGAAAAUGACUUGAUGUGUUCAUCGUCGUGUAUUUUUAAGUUCCGUCCACCUUCUCCUGGUUUGCUUCAAGUCUGCAAAGUAUACGGGAACCACGGCAGAGGUUUUCCGUGAAGGAUGCAACGCUACGAACGCCUGUCAGUCAAAGUGAACAAUUCUGACCGCAGUCUUCUGAUGAACCAAUGAAGUUGAAACGUCCGCUGACGAUGACGAUGACGAGAUGACAAUUAGUCCCGCCGAUUGAACUGCCGCGCAGCAACGCCAACGAGCUGACGACGAUAACCGUAAUAAUCGUGAUCCUAAUCAUCGUCACGUGAUUGCUGGGGUCCGAUUCGGGGGCGCGUCCUUUAAUCAAACCUUGACAUAUUUCCUGCUGUUUAUUUCGCCUUUCUUUUAAGUAAGGCAAACGAGAACACCUUCUCAUUUGAAAUGUCGACCUGGCAAAUAUCAACGUCAAGCAAUCGCAAGAUUUGUUGGAUUAAGUGAGGCAUUUUUUGAAAUCGACAAACAAAGAUAUACAGAGCUAACAUUUUUUAAUUGGUUAAUUAUAAGAUUAGAACAUGAGAAUAAAUGAUUGGAUUAUUGAAAUGAACCUUUACAUAUUUUACGUGACUUUAUCUAAUUCAAUAAUGACUUCAUUUAUUAAUUGUAAUUACAUUGAAAAUUGUAACAUAAAUAACUUCAAAUAUAGAUUCGACAAUUUGUAAUUACAGUAUUUGAUUCAGUAAUUGGUUCAUUAAUGAUCAAUCGAUUCGGUCUGAAUAAUACAAGUUAAAAAAUGAGAAUCAAUGUAAAUAAUAUUUUCUGUCCAGACGUCACGCGUCCUCGUGAAAGUUGGCCCACCCGCCGCCGUCACUGUGCAAAUUCAACGGUGGCCCUUGAGCACAACCGCUUUCUGUAGUUUGUCCGCUCGGUGACGACGCAUCGCGCGUCUUGUGUUUUUGGGAUCUUUCAAACCUCGCCAUUUGCUUUUAUGGGCAUUCUUCUUCGAGCGCUACCUACCGCCGGAGACGAAGACGGCGUCUCGGAAGAGCCGGCGACACUCUGAUUGACCGCGGACCGGUCGGCGAAGAAGUCGAUCGCGCUCCGCUUGCGUCGUUGACGACAUCUUUAGGAAAUUGUUCCCAAACACUCUGCGCUCUCGUCACACGUGUGUACGUACCUUCUAGCCAAAAACAAAACAAAUAAAGUCUCUCUUACACAUCGCAACGUAUGUAUUUGUUUAUUUAGCGUGCUAGCCAGCAGGCUAAUAAUGCUCCAAAACAAACACGACCCGAUUAGCAGUCGGUUUGUUUCAUAAACGGCGCUAGUGAGCUACGCGCGGUUAGCGCAUACAGUCGCUGAGCAUUUUGGCCACGCCCCUCGCGCAUCUUCGUGUCUUUGAUGCUUUGUGACAUUUUUCUCUUUGGAAACCUUUGCAAGAGUUUGGAGUCCCGCUCCUACUUGAGUCUUACUCAUACUCGUCUUUGUGGCCUCCCUUUUUUGCGACUAUAUAAGUAAGUCAUGUAUUUACACACCCAUCGAUGUGAAGUCAAUAGAGAAGAGGAAUCAUGCUUGCUUGAUUACAGACGUGUGCGUAUAUGGGUCGUUUUCAUAUCACUGAUCAAUAACAGUAAAGACGUGGCCCACUGAAUAUCCUUUUGAAAUCAAUCUAUUUUACUGAUAGGAGUACAAUUUGCAGUCGUUGUAAUUCAAAGGGUAAUAAAUGUUUCUCAGAAAAAAAGAAUUGUCGAAAGUAAUACUUUUCAAACUCUUGGUGCCUAAAUAUCUUUACCGUUAGGUGUCCCAAAUGAUUUGCAGCGCUUUCUGAAGCUACUCGUCCCAUUUUUGAAGAUGCCUGCUUUUUCUCCCAUUUCCUAUGCAAAAUAACACAAAUGCAUCUUAGUGGUUUGCUUGUUUCCCGAUGUCACUGGAGCUGUCUUUACCGUUAAUGGCGCUCAAGGGAGCCUCAUUACGUGUGACUGCAAUACUCGGAUCUUAAGUGCCAGUCUGAGACCCAUUUUGCAUUCGCACGAUGGCAAAAUCACGGCUGUUAUUUCUAAGAUACGAAUGUCAAAAUGUGGCAACUAUUGCUCGUCUUUGCCGUCGUUACGAUGUUGAAUGAGUAGUUCGGAUCAUCGAUGCACUUGUACCCGAGUUUGAAGGGAAACGCGUGUGAGUUUUUUUUUUGUCUUCACCGUUGUCCACUGUUGUCUUUGCGGUUACGCAAGGGGGUGUAUUUCCGUGGGCCGCCGCCAUCUGAUCCGUCACUAAGUAUUGCCGUUACGAGCCAGCCGUCCAUUUUCUUCCAUUUAUCCGUGGUCUGGUCCCGGCGGCAGCGGCUCGAGCGGGGAAGCCCAGACCCGUGGCCCUGUCCCCAGCCGCUCGGCCCAGCUCUUCCGGGGAGACCCCGAGGCGUUCCCGGGUCGUCACCGGGGAGGCGUCCGGGGGGGCUCCCUGAUCCGAUGCCCGAGCCGGCCCCUCUCGAUGCGGAGG